AUGAGAAUGUGUUAUUAUGAUGAAAAUAAUUAUUUAGUUCAAGAUUCAAUUUCAAUAGUAAAACAUUAUUUUUCUGGUUGGUUUAUAAUUGAUAUAAUAUCAGUAAUUCCUUUAUAAUAUUGUCAAUUAAUUAAAGUUUUUAGAAUUAAAAGAGUUUAAUAAAUUGUGAGUGCUUCUUCUUUGAAUUAAAAUAAGAUGUAAUUUUAUUGAUUAAUUUAUUAAAUAGCUUAGAUUUUAUGAUUAAUUUUUUAGAUGUGAAAUAAUCAACUUUUUUAUAAAUAUUAUUUUUUAGUAUAAUUGGAUUUCAUUAUUCAACUUGUCUAUGGGCUUUAUCUAAGUAAUGGUCAGAUAACUAAAUUCCUAAUUAUAUAGAUGCUAUGUAUUGGGCAAUGUAAACUUUAUCAACAACUGGAUAUGGAGACAGAACUCCAUCCAGUAUGCUUGAAUAUAUAAGUACUAUUGUUUGUACACUUUGUGGGGGUAUAUUUAUGAGUUUAGUAAUUGGUAAUUUAAGUGGGAUUCUUGCUGAUAUUGAUACUGAGAGUUAAUAUAAUAAAACUUUAAAUGAUCUAAAAGUCUUAUUUAAUUAAGUUACUAUCCUACCUGAUUAUAAAUCAGAAAUUUUAAAUUUUAUUCUUACUAAUCAUAAAUACAAUUAAAGUUGGUCAUUAAAUUAAUAAGAAUGGUUUAAGAUACUGCCUUAAAAUAUAUAAAAUAAUAUUUUAUUAGCUGUAGCAAAAAAGGAACUAUUGGGAAUUUCUAUUUUUAGAAUAUCUAUUCCAUUUUCAUUAAAAGUUAUUAGACAUACAAGUUUAAUGAAAGCAAAAGCUGGAUAAUUUCUCUGGUUAAAAGGAGAUCCUGUUGAUGAAAUAUUUUUUCUAGUUGAAGGAAUUAUUUAAUAUAGAAAUUAAUUUGGUAAAGAACUCCUUGAAAUUAAAGCAGGUUCUAUUUUUGGAGAAUAAGAAUAUUUUAAUAGAAGAUAAAUUGUAUAAAGAUAAUAACAGCGUAAAUAAUAUGCAAUAGCAAAAUAGGAUUGUUAUUAUUUAAUUGUUCGUUAUUCUAAUUUUUUUAAAUAUUUAAAAGAAUUUCAAGCUUUAUAAAAAUAUUUAAAGAUUUUAGCUGAACAUAGAUUAGAUGAUAUCUUAAUUAGAUGUAAAUAAUAUGAGGUAGAAGCAGAAAAAGAGAGAACUAAUGAAUAAAAAUUAGAAUUAAUAAAGUCUGCAAAUAGAAUAGAAGUAAGAGAUUAUAAAGGAAUCAUAAAACAUAAAUAAAGUGUCAUUUAUGAUACUAGGUAGAGUAACACUGAAAAUAUUCUUGAAAAGAUAUUAAAAAAUAGAGUAACAAAAUUAAAGAUGUUGAUGGAUAGAUUUAGAAAAGUUGUUUAAAUGAUUAUUUUUGCAAAUAGAACUUUAGAUAAAUAAUAUUCAUCAAAAUCAACAUCAAUUCAAAAUUCUUAGACUAAUUUAAGAAAGGUUAGAUCUAAUUAAGUUGUACCUAUGGGUAUUUUACUAAAAAUGAGGUAAAAAUUCAUUCAAAUUAAAUAACUUAAAAAAAUUUCAUUAGAUAAAAAAAAUUAAUUCAAAAAAAUAUUAUAAACCUUAAGUUCAAGUUAAAUUAAUAAUUCAUUUAAUUAAUUACCAAGAAAUAAUAGUGAAGAAUUAGGAGACAAAAAAAAGAAAAGUGUUAUAUACAUUCGUAAUACAUCUUAAAAAUUAGAUGAAUUUUUUGCUUAAAUGAAAGUUUUAGAGAGAAAUCUUAAUUUAGCAAAAUGGGCAAUUUAAGAAAGUUAAAAAGAUUUAGAAAAGGAAUUAUAAAGUAUAAAAAGAUUAUUUGAAAAAUAAGAUUUCUCAAAUGUCAUUUGA